AUGAAUAAAAGUAAAGUUGAAGGGGAAGCCGACAUACAUAUAUCAAAACAAUCCAAAUCAAUUAUUUACAGUGUUUUAGAGCACGAAGCUUGUGAAAACCAACGAAUCCCUAUAAACCCCAACAUCUUAUCAUUUAAAGAUGAUAUGCUUGAAUACCGAUACUAUUUAGCUCUUUUGUGUCAUAAAGGAAACGAGCAAGAAAAAUCAAAAGAAUUCAAAAAUAAUUUGCUUGUUUUCUAUAUUUUCUUAACCUCCUACAUAGCAAUUACAGUUACAACCUCCCUUCUUCUUUAUAACGAAGGAAACCAAAAAGAAGAGCUCUUAAUCACCCGUCUCAUAGCUUUAGGCUUUAUUUUAAUACUCAGCUACACAAUUGCUUAUCUGCUUUUCAAAUCCCCUCAUUUUCUAUUAAAAUCGAAAGAACUCCUAGGGAUCCUCUCAUUUGUUAUUAUAGCUUAUCUAGUAGUAUGCGAUGAAAGAGUCCUAUCAGAAAUAUUUUCAAAAGACUAUGAAAAAAACUGCCAAAAUCACACGCUAAUUUUAGCAUGCUUUCUCAUUAUGAUUCGAGUAGUUAUUUUUGAUAGCUUUUUUUUAAUUACAAUUUUGACCACCAUUACUUUAAUUUCUGCGAUUGCGCUGCUUCUCUCAUUAUCAUCUUUAUCCCCAUUUGCAAUUUUAAGCGAUUAUUUACUCCCCUCAGUGUGGACAAAACGAUUAGAAAAAAAAUCAAUUUAUGAAAUUUUUUUCUUAAUAUUAAAAUUUUUAUGGAAAGAUUUUGAUAAUUAGUAUAUGAAUCCUCUAUUCUGUUUAAUUUUAAUUAGCUUGCAUUUUAAAACAUAAGUUUUAAAAAUUGAAAAAAUAUUUGCUUUUAAAUAUUUCGAAUUGGGUUUUUGAAGAAUAAUAUACUAUAAAAUUGUAUCAACCCGCAACAAAAAUUUUUUUGUUCACUCACAGUGCGGAGAGUUAGUACUUUUCGUAUUUUUAUUGCUGCAAACCAUUGAUUGUCAUCAGGUUGAAUAUAGAGCAAGGCAGUUGUUUUGGAGAAGAGAUCAAGAGGAAGAAGCUUUAGACCCAAUGGCAAGCCAAGGAGAAGACGGUGAUAAAGCUUAUGCACAAAUUCAUACUGAGGUUGAGCUUUUACUUCAUGCUUGUGAUAAAAUAAAGCAGAAUAUAAAGCAGGCCUCUGCAGUUAUUAUGUAUAAGGAUGUAAAAACUAAACUGAAAGCUGCGCAAACGGAAAUUGAAAAGGUAAAAAGAGGAAUUGCGCAUGGGUUGGCUAUGCAUGAUGUGAAAUUGGAAGGAAAUGGAGAAUUGGAUGAAGAUGACAAAGUGUUUAUAGCGGAAUAUUGUAUGGAUAAAAUAUCUAGUGACAAAGUAUGCUAUUUUAGGGAUGAGGAUUAUUAAAGACAGGCACUAGCCAUAUUGAUGACUUAGUCACCAAAGACCUUCCGUGCGGGGUUCAUCCGCUUUGAGACAAACUGCCCAACAGGUUUAGCCAUAACCAGUUGAGCUGUCUGCUCCUUACCUUGCAGCUUCAAUCUUGAGUAGCUGCUUAUGUAUCUCUGCGGCCUGCGACGGGCAAUUAUGAGUAGAUUGGUUCCAGAAUUAGCUCCUUGGAGUCUAUAUAAUGCCAGAAUUAGCUCCUUGGAGUCUAUAUAAUGCCAGAGUUCUUUACAGGGAAAAGACUGUUUCCCUAUGAUCCGGACCAAAGCUCCUGGUUUCUAGGGAGAGGAUGCCCAAGAGUCCGAAGGACAUUACUGCGCACCUCCAUUUCCAAUCACAGAAAAGCAGCCAAGCAUACCCGGAUGCACAUCUGCUGAGACUGCACUUGCUUCUCGGCUUGGAGUCCGUUCAUGUUCACGUAUCCUUAAGGUCUGGGCUGUUGUGCCAAGACUGUAGUCUGGCACGUUCCGCCAUUUUAAUGUAUCUGCGAUUUUAGUUAAAAUAAAUAUUUUUGCAAAUAAAAGUUAUUUCAUUUUAUAAAGGACUAUUUUUUGAAAUUAAAUACAUAUUUAUAUAAUUAGGCACAAGAGGUAGGCACCAAACUAUGGGAGAUGUACGAGAAAUUAACCCAUCUUUUCCAUUCAGUACUUAUGGAGUCGCAGAAUUAGAUUCUGUGCUGUUCAGUGUCGGGAAAAACUGAAAUUUUGAUAUAUGGUUUGUAUAUCAAGUAACUGGUCAUAGUAUUUUUAUAGUUGCAAAAUAUUUAUUUGAAAGGUGGAGCUUAAAUACAACUUUUAGCAUUUCUGAAGAUACAACUGACCGAUUUUUCCAGACCUUGGAAAAAGUAAUUUUUAUAUAGAAUUACCAUCAAAAUCCUUAUCAUAACGCAUGCCAUGCAGCUGAUGUCCUUCACAGCUUGCUUUAUUUUCUAUCCACUUCUGAUGUCAUAAAAAACUUAAACCCUGUUGAUAUUGUCUCUUUAAUUGUAGCCUGCCUUGGCCAUGAUGUUGGACAUCCAGCACUUACCAACAGAUUUCUGAUAAAUAAUCGGGAUGAGCUUGCUUAUCAAUAUAAUGAUAACAGUGUCCUAGAAAAUAUAGCCACAUAAGCAUAUUUAUUGAUUUUAUGCAGUAAUUAGCACAAUUUCCUAUAAAAUAAUAAUCUGUUAUAUUAAAAAUAAUUAUUUAUUCUUAAUUAAUUGCAUAUGCACAUUUCCAAAACAUACUCCAUUAUGAACAAACAGGGCUGUAAUAUUUUUGAAAAUCUUGACCCAGAAGACUGGCCGAAAUCCAGAAAAUUAAUUAUUGAAAUGAUACUUGAAACUGACAUGAUGAAACAUUUCGAAAUACUAGGAAGAUUUAGAGCAAGAGCUGUAAAUCUAGCUGAUCUUGCCUUAGAAAAUCAAGACGAUAAGCUACUUAUUUUGUCAAUGGGAUUAAAAUGCGGAGAUAUAGGACACUCUGCCAAAAUCCCUGAGCUGCAUGAAAAAUGGACCUCUUUAGUCUGUGAAGAGUUUUUCAGACAGGGAGAUCUAGAAAAACAAAGAAAACAGCAGGUUUCUAUGUACUGCGAUAGGGACACAACUGAUCUUCCGAAAUCACAAUCUGGGUUUAUAAGAAAUAUUUGUAUGCCUUUAUAUGAAGUUUGAUGCUCAUAUUUAAAUAGUGACGAAAUAAAUAAAAACUGCAUGGACCAAUUAAAAAAGAAUUUAGCGUAUUGGGAUGAAAAAACAAAGGCAAGGAGAACAUCUGCUCAAAAUGCUGAUAAUUCUGUUAUCGCGAAUGGAAAUGAUAAAAAAUAA